UCCUGGAAAAAUAAAGCCUUCUAAAAACUCUAACUUUUGAUGGGAGAUAGCCAGACAAGGAGCCAAGCCUGGUCCUGAAAUCCUCAGGUCACCCAGUCAGACAAGGGAGGAAGGGAGCACUCCUCAAAUUACAGAGGUUCCUUCUGUCACCUUAAACCUUCGUUAUCAAGUGACACAGGAUGCACUGAAACGCUCUGCAAACUGCCUUUUUCCAGGCUGGAGCGUGCAAACUGGAGUUACACAGCAGACAGAAGCGGAGAGGGAAAAGGCAGACGUCCCCAGCAGCUCACAGGGCAGCACGCCCCGCGGUGCCUCCCUGCCAAAGCCCCCGAGGAGGGGGCACUGAGGAGGGGGCUGCCAGCACAGCUGGGCUGGGCACCCAGCGCCUGCCCGCCGGGGCGAUGGAGAGCUCCUCGCUGCCUGACUGAGGCUGCAUCUCCCCAAGGACUUGGCGUGCCACCAUGCCAGCCCAGCAGAAGAAAAUCAUCUUUUGCAUAGCUGGGGUGUUCAGCUUCGCUUGUGCCCUGGGGACCGCGGCAGCCAUCGGCACUCAGCUGUGGAUUAGAGGAACGAUCCUCUGCAAGACCGGAGCCCUGCUUGUCAACGCCACCGGGCAGGAGCUGGAGAAGUUUAUCGGGGAAAUCCAGUAUGGGCUUUUCUAUGGCGAGCGAGUGAGACAGUGCGGGCUCGGAGGCAGACCUUUUCAGUUUUCAUUUUUUCCAGAUCUGCUCAAAAUUAUCCCUGCAAGUAUCCAUGUGAGCGUCAUUCUCUUCUGCACAGUGCUGAUCAUCUUUGCCCUGGUGGGAACAGGCUUCUUCAUGUACAAUGCUUUCGGCAGCCCCUAUGAAACUUUGCAUGGCCCUGUAGGGUUGUACCUCUGGACCUUCAUUGCAUGUUCCUGCGGUUGUCUCAUCCUGAUUCUCUUCUCCUCAGAGGUGAAGAUCCACCACCUUUCAGAAAAAAUUGCUAAUUUUAAGGAGGGAAGUUUUACAUUUAAAACUCACAGUGAACGGUUUGCAGAUUCCUUCUGGAUCAUCCUAGGCUGCUCCUUGGUGCACUUCAUGAACGCCCUCUUGAUCCGCUUUGCUGGCUUUGAAUUUCCUUUUUCAAAAUCAAAGGAUUCAGCAACAACCACUGGAGCCGUUGACCUGAUGUAUUAGAUUUACUUAAUUUAUGAACAUUUAAAGCAAAGAGGUUUAUCACCGCUAUCUUCAACAAUCACCAAGAGUACUAACUUUUAAAUGAUUAGCUCUAAAGAAAUUAAAAACAAGAGAAGGUUUUAGGUAGAUGUCAAUGUGACAUAUACAGUAAACAAAAGAUAACAUGCUAUCUGGUGGCAUCGAAAUCAAAAUACUCUUCCUUGGAGUAAAACCUUAUCAGUAUAUCUACCCUUCCUUCCUCCAGGAACUUAUUUUAGAAGUAGGUGGUGCCGACAAAAUUAAAUCAAUAGCAUUGAACUGAAUCUAGAUAGUAAGAUAAGUACUCAACCAUGUAAGAGUCUACGAUCACCAGCAGCACAGUUUUGACCUUUACCUGUUUUAAGUGCCGCAACCAUCACCACAUCAGGGCAGCAGACCAUAAGGGCAAAGAGCAGCAGGGCCAAGAGGAGAAAGCCCUCAGGCUUUGUGCCUCAGGCAGCAGGCACUACCCCAGAAACCCCACUGGAGGGGAAGGCAUGGCUUUGGCAAGGGCUCAUGGACAGAACCCAAGCACCCAAACCCACCACUAACACUUUAAGCUUGUGUCACGUGUGUGACAACACCAUUAUUUCUGUCCAUGAGCUUCUCUUAAGUUCUUUAAUUCUAAAAGCCCAAACUAUUACUCUGACCCUGAAUUCCAAAUUGCCCAGUGCAACCACUGCAGCUGUGGGUAUGGCAUGCCUUUGGUUAAGGGAAUACACUGGCAAACUGUUGGUUUUUAACCCGACCAGCAGCUCAGCACCACACAGACAUUUGCUCACCACCCCUCCCUCCCCCCAGGAUUGUGUAGAAAAUCAGAAAACAAUAGAAAGUUUGUGGGUUGAGAUAAAGCCUUAUUAUUAGGACAGAAAAUAAAUAAUAAUGUGUACAAAAUAAGUGAUGCACAAUGCAAUUGCUCACCACCCACUGACCAAUGCCCAUCCCAUCCCCGAGCAGCACCCCAGCCAGCCCCCCCCCAGUAAUUGCUCAGCUUGGUGCCACAUGGCAUGGAAUACCCCUUUGGAAAGUUUGGGUCAGCUGUCCUGGGUCUGUCCCCCCUCCAGCUCCCGCUGCACCCCCAGCCUGCCCACUGGCAGGACAGAGCAAGAAGCUGAGAUGUCCUUGGCUUGGUGUA